AUGGCCGAUUUUGUGUGGGACAGUGAAAGAGGGGUUGCAGAUAGCAGAUGUAUAGGAAAAAGUAAAACUUAUGAUUUGAUUGUGAAUACCCCAACUAGUGAUUAUGUUGAUACCUCUAGUGUUUGUCUUGACAUUUCUAUCCAUGUGUGUGGAAGGUACUUCCGAGUUAACUUAGUGUGUUUACCUUUGCGUCUGGUUGAUGUGAUUCUUGGUAUGGAUUGGCUAUCUGCCAACCGUGUCCGCGUAGAUUUUUUUAGUAAAACCAUUGAAUUCAUGGAAUCAGAAGAGAGGGAUAAACCUAGCAAUAUGUCCACCAACCAUGUGAAGGCAUUCUUGAAAGAAGAUGCUCAGUUAUACAUGAUCCUAGCCUCACUGGAAUUUGAAGAAAAAGUGGUAAUACGAGAUGUUCCUAUUGUGUGUGAAUUCUCUAAAAAUGUCACUAGUUUACCACCAGAGCGUGAGAUUGAGUUUAACAUUGACCUUGUACCAAGUACUGGACCCAUAUCCAUGGCACCGUAUAGGAUGUCUCCAUUAGAAUUAUUUGAGCUUAUGAAGUAA